CCUUCAUGCUGAUUUUCGUCGAGUUUUUAUACAAAGGUUUCAAUGUCACGCAGCUGUAUAUACCACCUCCAUUCUUCACUGCUUUCUAAACGUAUUAAUCCUGAGGAUGUUUGGCGCGUAUUUAUUAAUCGUAUCCAAGCCGAUAUACAGGGUGUUAAAGAUGGUUUAUCUGUGUCCAAACUUGGUCUUCCUCCUACCAAUUCAAUACUGAGUAGCUUAUCUGAGAUUAUGCCAAAGAGUUCAUUUACAAAUCCAGAUACUCCCAAUUUGAUGACUUCAAUACCAGUGGUUGUUAAAGAUAAUUUAUGUGUCAAUUAUCGUAGAUUACCUCUAAAAACAACAUGUGCUUCUAAAUCACUGGAAAACUUUUGUUCACCAUAUGAUGCUGCUGAGCUUUUAUCAUCGGGAAGUCGAAUAUGGAUGAGUUCGCAAUGGGUUGUGGAUCUACAGAUAGUGCAGUUGCUGGCCCUGUUGUUAAUCCAUGGUCUGAAAAAGCAGCUGGCAAAAUUCGUCUUAUCUCGGGAGGUAGUUCUGGAGGUAGUGCUGCUGCAGUUGCUGCUGGUCUUUGCUUGGCUAGCAUUGCUUCGGAUACUGGUGGUUCAGCACGAUUACCUGCUGCUUAUUGUGGAGUUGUUGGUUUAAAGCCAACAUAUACAUUACUCUCUCGUCAUGGUCUUAUCCCAUUAGUAAACACUUUAGACGUGCCUGCCAUCAUUGCACCAUCUGUCAGCGAUGUGGCUUGUGUUUUAACAAGUUGGUUAUCCCCCAUAAAUAACUUUGCACGAACAGGUGAUGCCACAUGUUCUCAACUUCCACACUCUUCUCUGACUCGUAUGUACAAUGAAUUGCAAGCUCUUGCCAAAGGUGAUUUAGAUUCUGCUUCCAAGGACGCUCCGCUACGCAUAGGUAUCCCGUUAGAGUAUCAUGUUCCUGGUCUUCAAGAAGAGAUAUGUUCCAUGUGGGACACUGUUGCCAGUUGGUUAGCUGAUCAUUUAUCCUGUUCUGUACAGUUAGUCAGAUUACCUCAUACACCUAUGGCCACAACUGUGUAUUCAGUUUUGUGUGCAACAGAAGUAGCAUCAAACAUGGCCAGAUACGAUGGGUUAAAGUAUGGAUUUUCCACAACGAAGUUAUCCAACUAUCAUGAAGAUUCACUACUGAAAAAUACGGUGACACGAUACUCUGCUACUCGUUCAUUAGGUUUCGGUGAUGUUGUUCAAGGGAGAAUUUUCGCUGGUAAUUUCUUUCUUCUUCGAGAUCAACAGUGUCGACAUUUAGCUGCUGCACGACGUGUAUGGCGUUUGAUCAAGGAAGAUUUCACGAAGGUUUUUGAAUCAGUUGACUUUAUAUUAACGCCAGUAUCACCUAGUUUACCUAUCAGUAUAGAUGACUUUUCCAGAUUCGACAAUCGAACACGUACUACACUUGAUGAUGUAUGUACAGUAGCUGUAAAUUUGUCCGGAUUACCUGCUAUUUCAUUUCCUGUCGGUUUAUCACCUACACGUGGAUUACCGAUUAGUUUACAAUUAAUUGGACCAUACUUUUCAGAGUGUCAACUAUUAUCACUUGCUGCUAAAUUAGAACGUCAGGCAUGUUUUCAACCUUUAGUUAAUCAUAAAUCCAUUAUUGAUUCUAUUUAAGAGUGCUUGAUUUUUAAAAUUUUUCUUAGUCUUUUUUCCUUCCUUUCUUUCGGUAAAUCAUUUGAAAUUGAAUUAUCGAGUGAACUUUUAUAUCUCCUUCUUUUGUUUUUAUUGGUUUCUUAUGAAAAAGAAAUUAAUUGUACAAAUUUGACAUAUUCUAGUUCUAAUUUUAUAGUGAUAUUACGAUGACAAUAUGCUGAAUUGUUCUAUAGUUUAAUACUGUUUUUUUCUUAAUCUAUUAAUCAUUCGAAGAAAACUAAAUAAAUUAAGUUUUUCUUGUUUAUUGCAUUUCUUUUUGCCGGG